AAUGGCGUCGUCAGAUCCGAAAGGAGCUCUGUUAAAUACCCAAACAGAAAAGCCAAAUCAUUACACAAGUACUUUUCGUUGCAGAUACUUGAAGGAAUUUCGUGUUGAACAGUGCCCGUCGUUUUUGCAGCAUAAAUGCAACCAACAUCGACCGUUUGUGUGCUUCAAUUGGCACUUCAUGAAUCAGAGACGCCGUCGGCCUGUACGUAGACGGGACGGCUCGUUCAACUAUAGCGCGGAUAAUUAUUGUACUAAAUAUGAUGAAACCACCGGAAUUUGCCCAGAUGGAGAUGAUUGUCCAUUUCUGCACCGUACGGCCGGCGACACCGAAAGGCGGUAUCACUUGCGGUAUUACAAAACGUGCAUGUGUGUGCACGACACAGAUGCUCGCGGAUACUGCGUGAAAAAUGGUCACCAUUGUGCAUUUGCUCACGGAAUACACGACCAACGUCCGCCUGUGUACGACAUCAAAGAAUUAGAGGCACUUCAAGCAGCCGAAGCUAGCGGAGAGUGUUUGAAUGGACCUAAUGUAUUGGAUAAGGAACGAAAUUUGAUGAAUGAAGAUCCAAAAUGGCAAGAUACCAAUUAUGUACUUGCCAAUUACAAAACAGAACCUUGCAAGCGACCUCCGCGCUUGUGUCGACAGGGGUAUGCUUGUCCACAAUAUCACAACAGCAAGGAUAAGAGACGUAGCCCUAGAAAGUAUAAAUACAGAUCAACGCCUUGUCCAAAUGUGAAACAUGGUGAAGAAUGGGGAGAGCCAGCCAACUGUGAGGCUGGUGAUAAUUGUCAAUACUGUCAUACGCGCACUGAACAGCAGUUCCAUCCGGAGAUUUACAAAUCAACAAAGUGCAAUGAUGUUCAGCAAGCUGGAUACUGCCCGCGAUCAGUAUUUUGUGCAUUUGCCCACGUCGAACCUUACGUUUUGACAGAGGAAAUGGGUCGUGAUCUGGACAGCCAGGCCCUCGCACUUAGUGACAUGAUAUCGUCCGUAUUACCCCCUGAUAGCGGGGGAGGGGGUCUCGGCUGUCCACUCAGCAAAAAGGAUAAACACGAGCUAGCGGUGAGUGUACUAAGCUAUCUCGACGGAGGACGGCAGGAAAAUCUACCAUUUGAACUUGAACCGCAGAAUUUUCACUCGUUCUUCCAGCUGCUGCAGAACGGUAGCGCAGAGAGUAGUGAAUCCGCGAGUACUAGCAGCCUCGGUUCAAAUCAUAGUUCCCACAACAAAGCACCUGGAUCACAGCUACAACAAAAGCACAGUAAUAAUUUAAUAGGUGUUGCCAACUGCAAUGGCAGCACACAUAAUCAUGUCAACAAUGGCAUCGGUAGCUUACAAUCGACGCUAUUCAACAACGGCGGAACCGCUGCUAGCUCAUUACUAUCCAACAACUUUCCGGAAUUUACGCCGGAGCUGCGGGCACAGUUGUUGGCAAUCGACAACGAUCUCACUAUGGGUCCUUUGGAAAAAGAACAACGGAAACGCAUGUGUCUGACAUUCAAUUUUAGAAAUAUAGCAUCUUCUUUGGAUGGCGGAGUUUAUGAUCUUGCGCGACGUGAUACAAUUCAUGGACUAGACAAUUCAAUUUCAGCUGGAAUUGCUUCCUCCGGCUUACUAGCGAGUAGUUCGGCUCCGGUUAAUAUUCCGGGCUCUCCUAUGGGGAAUUCUAUAUCCGGUCUUCUUCAAGGCACUUCUGCGCCGGUCAACAUUCCUGGGAGUUCACUAAGCAACAAUUUUAGUCCAUCGUCACACUCUAACCUUUUUGGAAUUAAUGAUUCUAUGUUUGGGAGUAGCGCAACACAUCACAUUGGAAGCAGUUCGGCGCCGAAACUUGCCACAUCUUUUGGUCAUAGUGGUACCGAUAGUUUAUUUUUUCAGUCACAUAUUAUUUCACCUGUUUUAACUGGUGGUGAUGGAGGUCUAUCAGCUAGUCCGGAACUUAGUCGAAUAUCGGAACUCAACUCACUUAACAAUGAACUUAGCAACAAUAAUACAAACCUUUUGUUCGAUAAUCACAUGCAACAGGCGGCUGCAGCUGUUCAGCAACAUCAACAACAACAACAACAACAGCAGCAGCAACAUCAACAACAACACCAUGCCGCUGCAGCAGCAAUGGCUGCAGCAACAAAAAAUUCCAAUUCUAGCCACCCUUACUCAAUGUCGCCAUUGGUAGCAUCCGAUAUGGGUCGAUUAAGGGAUGAACUUGCCAACAAAAAUGCACAAAUGAUCAAUUGGGAAGAACAAGUAAUGCAAGCAACAAACGCGUGCGAGGCGUGGAAAGCACAGAUGGAAGAAAGCAAUAGAAAGACGGUAAUAGCCGAACAGCAACGUGAUGAGGCUUUAUCACACGUCAAGGCUCUUAAAGAGAAAUUAGAACAUUUGAAUAUAGGCGGAAAUUGCACAAGUAACUACCGCGCGAGUGACCUCAGGGGAAUGCCUCUUCAGAAACUGAAGAGUAUUCAAGCCAAAUUACGAUCUGAAAUCGAGGAGGUGGAAAAGGUUUUGUACCUCGAGACGGCUACUAAGUGUAUGAAAUGCGAGGAAAACAAUCGCUCUGUUACACUUGUUCCUUGUAAUCAUUAUGUGCUAUGUGAUUCAUGUGCAACGACGCAACGCGAGUGUCCCUAUUGUCAAACACCGGUAUCUUCUCAGACUUAAAGAACAAUCGUGUCAAUCAACCUAUACACAAUCGCACCUCGAUAGUUACAAAUUUCUACAAACGAUGCCACAUGUUUCACACAAAUGUCCACAUGCUACCCAUAGAUGCAGGGCACUGGCACAGCUGUCAUACUAGUAUUGUGGCAAUCACAUUAAUUAUUACUACUACUUACAACCGCUAAUACUACUCGAAGAACAACCAGUAGACCAUCAUCAGGGCAACGCUGUCUUUUUUUUAGUUCAGUUAAGUGAGAUACAAAUUUCCCUUAAUUCGAUUAUAUUCUAUGACUUAGUAUCAAUAUGAUUUGUAUUUAAUAUUUGUGUGUGGAUUCGUGGCAAAAAGUGAUAUUUAUAUGCGAGUGACAGCUAACAUUUCGAAGUGAGGGAAAGUGAAGAAAGUUCACUAUAAAGAAACAUAAACAUAAGAGCUGACGCGGAAUAUGUAGCAGUUAAAAUUCCUGUAGUUUUUUUUAAAUAUAUUUUAGUAUCAACACAUUACUAAACCAUUGAAUUUGGUAACUGAUUCCGUUAGCAUUCGAAUGACUAAAAUCUAUAUAGCUGGACUAAAUAAUCGAACAUGAUAAUGUAUAUGUUUAGGGCAGAAGCAGCAUAUUAGGAACAGGGACAAUGAAUUUCCUUUAUUUUGAGAAUAGAGGGAAAACGAACUAUGUACAUCGCUUAUAUUAUUACAUUUUCUUCAGAUAGAAAACAAUAUUUUGUACAAUGCAGAAUAGUAUUAUUCGAGCAAUUUUCGGUCUAGAAAAUCGAAGAAUUAUACUUUGCAUCUAGAAUGCAUUUUUAAUUUAGAUUGUAGACUAAAACUACAGUCACCAACGGUGAACUAGGAACGCAAGCACGAGACGAGAUAUAUAUUGAAGAUUUAAAGAUAUUAAUAACUUAUUAUCGCGAUAUAAUUUAAUAACUAGAAUAACCCAAUUUGUUUUGUUUUUUUGCCUUCAUCUUCCAUUCUUUAUUUCCUCUUUGCUUUCGUUUCUAAACGUCAAAAAAGCAAUUGUAGGUCGAUUUAUCAGAACAUGCAUUGAAAAUUGUUCGUAACGAAGCACGCUAGAUAAAGUCGUAUUCCUCAUUAUUUUUUAAAUAGCAACGUAUUGCUUGAGUAGUAAUUGGUAAUAAAAAUAAGUCCUAUAAUAUUUUUAUUAGGUAGCAAUCUAAACUACUAAUAUUCAGUUAAAUGAGCGUGUAGGAAUAUAGGAUUUAAAAAUUCUUCUUACGAAAUGAAUGUAAACAUGCAUACUGCAUGCAUUGGAAUAGAAUGAAAAAGUACAUAAAACAACCCAGUUGAAUUUCAAGCCAGACGAGGAACCAUAAAAAUGUGUAUAGUUUUACAUAAUAGAAAAAAAUUAAAAAUGAACAGUGAUUUUAUAAUUAUAAUCUGACAGAAAAACAUGCUUUUAUUUUUAUUUCUCCAAGCUUCC